AUAUCGUUUCUUGACCUGCAAGGAUCAAGUCCUCACGCGACUCGCCGCCUGUGCUGCGCCGAUAGUGGCAUUCUAUUGAAGUUCUUCAAGUUCAUCAGCAUGGGACUACUCACUAUCAUCCGAAAAAAUCGCCUUAAAGCGCAGGAAAUGCGUAUUCUCUUUCUCGGUCUUGAUAACGCCGGGAAGACGACCAUAUUGAAGUAUAUAUCACAUGAAGACACGUCGGCAACGUCUCCUACACUUGGUUUCAACAUCAAGACGCUUUCAUUACCAUCCUCACCAUACACCCUAAACAUAUGGGAUGUCGGGGGGCAACGGACUCUCAGGCCAUAUUGGCGCAACUAUUUUGAGCAAACGGAUGCCGUGGUGUGGGUCGUUGACUCUGCGGAUCGAAUGCGCAUGCAAGAUUGUAAGGAGGAACUGCAGGGUCUCUUAAGUGAGGAUCGUCUAGCAGGUGCAUCCCUCCUCGUGUUUGCGAAUAAGCAGGAUCUUCCCGGGGCAUUGAAUAUUGCCGAGAUUAUAGCCUCGCUUGACCUCAACAGCAUCAAAUCUCACCAUUGGAAGAUAUUCGCAUGCAGUGCAAUGACCGGGGCUAACGUGUUUGAGGGGCUUGACUGGGUUGUAAGUGACGUAGCUGGAAGGUUGUACUACUAUUCCUCUACAUCUCUCGACUCUUCUCCCGUUUCCCGCCCGCACGAUAUCAAUACAAGCGCAACCUCCGUUUGAAUACCGUCAAGCUUUCUGCCGCCGGAGUACGUAGCGGUAUAAGGUUAUGUUCUGGAAUUCACGGUAGUUCUUUUCUCAAGCACGCGAACAUUCCCUCUUGCCAAGAUAAUUCUCAUCCGAAAACACCGACAUCCUCUGACAACGGGGCAGUCGAAGAAUUGCCGCCCACGAUGCCAUCCCCCGCGAAGUUCACCAUGAAGGACACGCUUAUACCCUCAAAUGACUCCGUAUGCCUUCCCACGGUGAAAUCGCAGCUAG